CACAUGUAGGCCGCAUUAAGAUCUGCGAAAAUCGCGAAACCAACCGAAGGGGAACAGUUACAAAAUGUUUGCGAAUUUUUCGCAGUAAAAAAGCACUCAUCGACAGAGACGGACGGAAUUUCUGGCUCUAUAUAAAUUUUAUAGUAUUUUAAAUAUUUUUAUACGAUAUGUACGGACGAUUACAGUAAUAUAUAUUGUAAACUGCUUUGAAUUUGAAUGUUGCUGAUGAGCUAAAUAUUAAGCGUAAGCUCGAAUACUUGGUUGGUACUUGGUAGCUUUGAGAUUGAAAACGUCGAAGUCAAGGCCUGCUUGCAAUGGAUGUAAACGAUGUAAUCGACGGUAUUUUACGGCAAGAAGAAAGCUCGUAUAACGAAGGCGCGCGAGAAGGAACAGAUUUGGGUCGCACUACUGGUUACGUGGAGGGGUACACUUUUGGGUGGAAUAAGGGUUGGGAAAUCGGGAACGAGAUAGGCUUCUAUAAAGGAUAUGCGACCACCGUUCGAAAUCACCUUAUGACUGAAAAAUCGAACGAUAGCCCGUCGACUAAGAAACUGCAAGCGAUCGAACAGCUACUGGAUUUCCUGGCCACUGUGAACUUUGAAAACGUGAAUUCUGACGCUUUAGCGGAAUACAUCUCACAGUCGCGCAAAAGAUUUCGACAGCUGUUUCCUGGGGUUUUUCGAUUAACCCAAAACGAUGCAUCGACAUCGUUCUAAAAGGUAAUGCUUAGGAGAUAUCCGGCAGUCAACCCGGAAAAUGGAAUUCGCACACCAAAGGAAGCCCACUGCGUGGAGGUUAGUGGAUGCCAGCGAUGACGAAAAUGUUGUUUAUCAAAGGAAGCCCAAAGUUAUUCGCUACAGUAGAAUUUUCUCCUGUUCGGUUCUUGUUGGCACAUGGUAGUGCAACAAAACAUUAUGACGUAGCAAACUGCUGUUACGCAGCACAAUCUAGAUUUUAAUUAUACAGUAUUCUUUUCUGUUAAUCGCUAUCGAGCUGUGUCCAGAUGUAUUCAAACGAAUAAUGCACACGCUUUUCUCUAUAGUGUAUUCAACAGAAUAAAAUAUGUGAAUCGUAAGACCUUAAUG